AUGCAGGCCAGUGAUAGGUUUAACAUCAAUUCCCAACUCGAGCAUCUUCAAGCCAAAUAUGUUGGAACUGGCCAUGCCGAUUUGAACAGAUUUGAGUGGGCUGUGAACAUUCAACGUGAUAGCUAUGCAUCAUAUAUCGGCCACUACCCUUUACUGGCAUACUUUGGUAUUGCUGAAAAUGAAUCUAUUGGAAGGGAACGCUAUAGCUUUAUGCAGAAAAUGCUCCUGCCUUGUGGUUUGCCUCCCGAAAGAGAAGAAGAUUAA